AUGGCGUUCAUGAUGCCCGUUGUGAAAAACGAUUGGGACAUUUACAAAGCCAACCGCUCGAGGAGGGUGUCCGAGUGCUCAAACACCACGACGUGCCGCUCGAGGAAGGUGUCCGAGUGCCGAUCGGAGGGCCCCAGCCUAUCCACGUCCCCCGGGUCCGAGUUCGUCUCGUCCCCGAUCAGGGACAGGGCCUCCGUGCCCACGAACAUGUCAUCCAGGCAGUACUCGCGAGCCAGCUCGAGGACCAGCGAGAGCAACCUGCAGAGCCCCGUCAAGAGCAUGGGGUCGUCGCCCCCGAAGAACACCUCCGAGCCGAACUUGAAUAAGUUCCACAAUCGUUUGUUGGACAAAUUGAAGAAGUCCCUGAGGAAAGUGAACUUGAAAGGGUUCCUGUGCAGUUGCAACAACAGGGAAAAGGAUUGCAUCCGAGAGGCCUACAAUUUGUUGAACAAAUACGCCGACAAGCUCUACCCAACAGAAGCAACAACUAACGAAAAUGAGGCAGACGAAGGGGACAUCGAGAAAGCCUUGACGAACGAACUACUCUCGAUCAGAAACAGAAAAAAACGAUUCCAACAAGUCGAAUCCGGAGCUAACAACUUUCUAUUCAUAAAAACCACCUUGGACGAUCCCGUGAAGCUGGCCCACAGUAUUGUUUGCGAAUUAAAAAGUACCGGUGUACAGCAGACAAAGUUCUUAAUAAGACUGGUCCCGAUCGAGGUGACCUGCAAAGCUUACAUAAAAGACAUUUGCGCUGCUUUUAAGCCUUUGGCGGAGAGGUAUUUUAAGGAGAAUCCCACUACGUUUUCUGUGGUGUACAAUCACAGAAAUAACAACAAUUUGAAUAGAGACGAGGUGAUAAAAGCCGUAGCUGAAACAGUAUUUCAAGUGAACGCUGCUAACAAAGUAGACUUGAAGGUUCCGAAUGUUUCGGUGAUCGUUGAGGUUAUUAAAGGAAUCGCUUUAUUAGGAGUUGUACCGGAGUUUGUGAACUAUAAAAAGUACAAUUUAUUGGCUAUUACCGAUGACUUGGAGAAAAAGGAUGAUCCUGUAUCAACAAAUGAAAGUACAGUAAACGAUAAGGAAGACGAUUUAUCGAGUGUACCCGGAAGUGUAGAUUCCACUUAG